CGGCGCACGUUUGAGGCGGGCGGCCUGCCGCUGGUCAGCCGCCUGGCGCUGUCCAACUGCGCCGACCUGCUGCCGCUGGUGGAGUGGAACGCGGCGCACGCCAUCCACUUCUUCCGCAUUCCCUCCGCCCUCUUCCCCUGGAGCCACGAGUACGAGCUGGAGGAGCUGCCGGACUAUGAAGAGAUUGCGGCCACGCUGGCGGCGGUGGGGGCGGCGGCGCGCUCGCACCACCAGCGCCUCACCGCCCACCCCUCCCACUUUGUACAGCUGGCAUCCCCCGACGAGGCGCUGCUGGCGCGCAGCCUCAGGCACCUGGAGCUGAAUGCGCGGGUGUUUGACCUGAUGGGCUACGCCCCCAGCCACGCUAACAAGAUCAACAUCCACAUCGGCGCCACCCACGGCAGCAAGCAGCGCUCGCUGCAGCGCUUUGCGGCGGCGGUGGGCCGGCUCAGCGACUCGGCGCGCUUGCGGCUAACAGUGGAGAACGACGACCGCCCCGGCCUGUUCAGCCUGGCUGACCUGUUGCCGCUGCACGCCAUUGCCGGCACCCCGCUGGUCUUUGACUACCUGCACCACGCGCUGGUGCCGGGCGGGCUGAGCCAGCGGGACGCCCUGCUGGCGGCGCUUGCCACCUGGCCGCGCGGCAUCCGCCCCGUGGUGCACUACAGGUGA